UGUUUCAUCACGAAUACAUAGAUGGUAUAUAAGAAGCGGUGCCUAUCGUUCAACUCAACAUACCGGAGAAGAUGAAGUUUCUCGUCGUGUGUGCUGUCGUGCUAACGUCGGCGUUUGUCCACGGGGACAAGGUUGAGGAGUAUGAAUUGUUUCCAGAAACCGAGGACCAGGGCAUCGCCCCUACCACAUUGGACGCCAGGAUAUCGGCCCUCGAAAAGAACAUGACGGAGAAUGAAAUGCUGAGCGAGGCGAUUCCAUCACUAGCCAUGGAGAUUGAAAAAAUGAACGGGGAGUUGGACAAGAUGGAUGCUUAUAUAUCCAAACUUUAUGCAUUCACCAAGAAGAUCAACAAGGAGAUCAACGAUGGCAAAGAGCAAUUGUUGAAAUCAGUAAAACAAAAUGAGGCUUGGGCCGCCAAGCUGCCUGGUCAGAUUGACGCCCUGGAGAAGCAAAUAGCAAACAAGCAGGACAAAUACUCAGAUGAGGAGAAAGAGAAAUAUCUUCGUGGCCUGUGGCAAAACUGGAAAGAAGGAAAAUCCGGGUUGGCCGCAGAGACGCCGAAAAAAGAGGAGGCAGCCCCGGAACACCAUGAUGCGACAACUCAUCACCAUCGACGCCACAGUCACAGUCAUGGCGGUCAUGGGGGUCAUGGUGGUCAUGGUGGUGGUGGCGACGGGUGGAAACAAAGGUGGCUAGCUAAGAAGAAACAGCAAUGGUUGCAGCAGCAUCAAGCAAAACAGGAAGCCUCAACCAUGGUUACCAAGGCGCCACGAACGGAGAUAGACCUCGAUGAAGGCUUUACACUUGACGCAAAACUCAGAGAGGGAAAACCAAGCCUUGAUAAUAACUCAGAUGAAGAACGCGAGCUCAUAUUCCGAUAGAGAGACCAACGUAAUGGUGGGUACAUCGCUGCAGCAGGAUCUUGUUGUUGUUUCGGACAAUACAUGUGAAUACAUCUAAAUAAAUUAAGAAGCAAG